AUGGCCGAAACUAGCAUCUACCCACGCGCCGAGCUUGACGGUCAUAACGGCAAAGCCGUGACUGCCAUCGCUACAACCCGCGAGAACCCAAACCUUCUUCUUACAGCUUCACGUGACAAGUCGUUGCUCGUGUGGCAGUUGUCGAAUGAUGGCGAGGAGUAUGGCUUUGCUCGUCGUCGUCUUCAGGGCCACUCUCACUAUGUAGAGGACGUUGUGAUCUCAUCGGACGGCCAGUUUGCCCUUUCAGGCUCAUGGGACGGCACAUUGCGUCUUUGGGACUUAAACACAGGCAUCACAACUCGUCGGUUUGUAGGACACACCAAGGACGUGCUCUCUGUGGCCUUCAGCGCUGAUAACCGUCAGAUCGUCUCUGGCUCGCGGGACAAGACUGUUAAACUAUGGAAUACUCUGGGUGAAUGCAAGUACACGAUCACGGAGGACGGUCACACAGAGUGGGUUUCAUGUGUUCGUUUCUCGCCUUCGACCGCGAACCCACUCAUUGUGUCGUGUGGUUGGGACAAGGUCGUUAAGAUCUGGAACCUCUCGAACUGCAAGCUCCGUACCAAUCUCUUUGGCCACGAGGGCUACCUCAACACAGUGACUGUGUCUCCAGAUGGAUCGAUCUGUGCUUCCGGUGGUAAGGAUGGCACUGCCAACCUUUGGGACUUGAACGAGGGCAAACGUCUCUACUCGCUAGUGGCCGGUGAUGUCAUUCAUGCCCUGAUCUUUUCGCCUAACCGUUACUGGCUAUGUGCUGCUACUACGUCGGGCAUUAAGAUCUGGGACCUUGAGUCCAAGAUCGUCGUGCACGAUUUGCAGCCGGAUAUCGAGGAGCCUAAGGGCAAGUACGCUCAGCUUCCCCAUUGUAUCUCACUCGCCUGGUCGGCUGAUGGCUCGGUGCUCUUCUCUGGAUACACGGAUGGUAUUGUCCGUGUUUGGGCCGUGGGGAACUAA